AUGCCGGUGGGAUGGGAUUGGAUAACUGGUCAUAUCCUCGUGCUUUCGGACUAUGUCAUUCGUCUACCCGCCGAUGCCAACGUUACGCUUGCCACACAAGAGUUGGCUUCAGAAUUUACCGACAAAGAAAACUUUUCACUGGAUACCUGGCCUGUUUCCCCCGCACAAUAUCUAUCCAGAAGCGGCGUCGUAGCAUGCACGAUCUUCUUCCAGACGUCAUCAAGUCUGUUGGGGUCUUCUGCCAUAAAACUACGCGAAAGAGCCAGAUCUGGACAUGCGUUUGCCCUAGACGACUUGACUAUCAGACUAACUGUGGAUGUUAUUCUCAAAGCGAUCAUUGGUGCGGAUCUUGAUCAUCAAAACUCUGACAACAUCAUUGCAACCGCCCUGGCCCAUAUCACCAAAUGGCACUCCUUUGGGGAUCCUCGUGUGCUCGCACAUCCACUACGACCACUGGUUCAGGGAUACUAUGGCCGCCUCUUUAAUAAGUGGAUCCAUCAAGCACUUCAUAAGAAAUUCGCCGAGAUGAAGCGAUCAAAGCAGGAACCGUCCUCUCAGACCAAAAAGGAAGAGAUCCCAGAGGCCACCAAGUUAGACAACCACUUCACAGAAUAUCUAACCUACCAGCUUCGGUUGUUUCUCUUCGCUGGGACACAUACAACGUCCAGUAGUAUCGCCUACGUGUACCACCUUCUGUCUAAACAUCCUGAAGCCUUGGCUCAAGUCCGGCAGGAACAUGACCGGAUUUCUGGACCAGAUCCUUCUGCUGUAGCGCAGCUCCUCUGCGAACAGCCGGCCCUGCUCAAUCAAUGCCCCUAUACGAUGGCAGUGAUCAAGGAAACUCUUCGGCUCUAUCCGCCUGCGGGAACAAUGCGCCAACGCUGCAAUGGCCAGUCACUAACCGAUAGGCAUGGUAACGAAUAUCCUUUGAUGGACGAUACUAGCGUCACCUUUCUCCCCGAGCGGUGGCUGGUUGAGCCAGCCCAUGAACUUUAUCCAGACCCGGCUGCAUAUCGCCCGUUCGAGCAGGGACCACGCAAUUGUAUCGGUCAGACUCUUGUCAUCAAUGAGAUGCGAGUUAUCCUUGUGAUGACGGUUCGGACAUUCGAUACCUACACGGCGUAUGAUGAAUGGGAUGCAUUGAGGUCGAACCAAGCGGGAUUCAUAAGCCGCCUUGCUCAGUACACAGGGUUCCAAGACGUGAAGCCUAAGUUGGUGAAUGGGGAGAGGGCAUAUCAAACUGAAAAAGCCGGUACCAAUGCAACAGACGGAUACCCAUGCCGUUUGAUUUUGGUCGCGUGA